AUUGGACUAUUUGAGCAUGGAUUUUACGCAUGCUAGUCUACAAACCUUGUGGCCUCUGCUACCGUUAUAUAUGCACAUCAAACCACUCCCAAAUUGUCAAGCUUUUUUUUUUUGUUCAUUGAAGCAGAGGAUUUGCUUAGUUUCUUUUCUAAAGAACAACCAAAAAAGAAAAGAAAAAAAAAGGGUGAGAAAUGGAGAGAGAGAUGGAAAUGAAACAAUCAAAAUUCAAGAGAAUUUGUGUGUUUUGUGGGAGUAGCCCUGGAAAGAAGAGCAGUUACAAAGAAGCUACUAUUGAGCUUGGCAGGGAAUUGGUUUCAAGAAAUAUUGAUCUGGUUUAUGGAGGAGGUAGUAUCGGAUUAAUGGGCUUGAUUUCUCAAGCAGUUUUCGAUGGUGGCCGUCAUGUCAUAGGAGUGAUUCCCAAGACACUCAUGCCUAGAGAGAUAACAGGAGAGACAGUGGGGGAAGUUAAGGCAGUAGCAGACAUGCACCAAAGAAAGGCAGAAAUGGCUAGACAAUCUGAUGCUUUCAUUGCCUUACCUGGUGGCUAUGGAACUCUUGAAGAACUUCUUGAAGUCAUAACCUGGGCCCAACUUGGAAUUCAUGAUAAACCGGUGGGAUUGUUGAAUGUUGAUGGUUACUACAAUUCUUUAUUGUCAUUUAUUGACAAAGCAGUGGAGGAAGGCUUCAUUAGUCCAAAUGCUCGCCAUAUCAUAGUAUCGGCUCCUACUGCAAAAGAGUUGGUCAAAAACAUGGAGGAGUAUGAACCACAGCAUGAAAGAGUUGCUUCAAAGCUAAGUUGGGAGAUGGAAGAGUUAGGUUACCCUGCAAAACGCGAAAUCUCUAGGUGAGAGAUUUGAAGCAUGCCAAAGUAAAAACGCAGGUUUCAAGAAACUAAUUUUAGGAGGCCAAGUUGUUCCUGAAAUGGGAAUUUUUUAUUUACUCAUUUUCUGAUGUAAACUAUCCCCACACCUCCAAAAAAAGCAUUAACCUCAUCAUUUGAAGCUUGACUCUUUUUUUUUUUUCAUUUGAAGUUCAAUUUUGUUUCUCUAAUGCUCAACUUUGUGGCAAACUUGCUGGAGAAAUGAAAAGAAAUUUGUCCCAUGGUUGGACUUGUGUUGUAUAAUUACUUGUUAUUGUUAAAUUCAGGGGUUUGUCAUUCAAUUUUCACUGUUUUCUUCGCACAAU